AAUUGAUAACAAAGAUGGCAGGUUUUUAUAGAAACUCUUCAGCUUUAAUGAUUUAUUUUGGAUUAUUUUCCAUUAUUUAGUCGUUGUAAUCGUUCGAUUUUAUAAAAUUAAUCUUCCUAAUACUGCAGAGAUGGGGAAGAGAAAACAGGUUGUUCCACAGCGCCGUUCAGAAUUAUCAACUAUUAACUUAUUACAAGCAUCUGAAUUUAAGGCAGUUGAAGAUCAGACAGUAAUAUCAAAAGCUAAGAAAAAUAAGAAAACUACUUGUGAGAACUAUACAUUCCCAAAUGAAGAAACAGAGAACUUCUUCAACUUUUGUUUAAAUUCUUGCCAUUUAUUCUUAAAGCUUCAUAUUUUCUCUGAAUUACAAACAAAUCUGAAAGGAAUAAGAUUAAUUCCAAUUGGCCAUUUAAAAGUGCAGCUGUUAAACUGUGAACAAAAUUUACGUGCACAGGAAAUUGGGUUACCCUCUUCUGAAAUCAUCUAUUGGUAUGUUAGCAAUGAGAUUGGCUGCAGUAUGUUCUAUUUCGAAGAAACUGUUGACCAAAGGGACAGGAAGAAUGGUUUUCCUAUUAAAGCUAAUUUCAUUCAAGUCAGCUCUGAUGUACCAGAUAUUGUAUUUACAGCAUUGAAAUGCAACCUUCUAUUAAUGCAGUGCAUUACUAUAGAUUUUGAUGCAGGAAUUGCUGAUGUUUAUGCAUUGAUAAAGGAAACUGGAUUGACUAAAUUGAACUAUCCAUCGGAAACUUCUCAAAUUAAAAGAAAUUCUGUGUUUAUUAAACAUAUAAUGAAGUAUUUCUAUGACAUCCAUGAAGAAACUUUUGACAGCAACAUUGCAACCAUUAAACCAGAUAUUGAGGAACUUUUCAAUGAGAUACAUAAAAUCCAUCAGAAGAAUCCACCAGAUGUCAGUAAAGAUCUCCAACCUGCAGCAUUAAAACCAUUUCUUCGAGAUUACCAGAAAAAAUCUGUGGCUUGGAUGUUGAAACAAGAAACUAAAAAUUAUCAAGAAAAUGCCAAUAAGUUGCAUCCUCUCUUCACUGACUUCCAGACGUUAGAUGGAAGAACCCUUUAUUACAACAAGUAUGGAGGUUUAUUGGUUGAGAAGAGACCAGUUACCAGUAUCGCUCCUUCUGGUGGAAUUCUGGCUGAUGAAAUGGGUUUAGGUAAAACAGUGGAGGUUCUCUCAUGUUUACUUCUUCAUCCAUGUCCAAAUGAACUACUCACACCUUUCCCUGAUUUCUAUGAAGUUAAACAGAAUAAUGUUCAGGAGUCAGAUACUGAUGGAAGAGAACUGAAUCGAACAUUCCAGUGCAUUUGUGGAAAGUCUUAUUCAACCGAUUUUGAAUAUGAGAUCCAGUGUGUUAUGUGCAAAAUAUGGUUACAUGGAGAAUGUAUUGAUCAUGAAGAAUACAUCAAUGACCAACCUUUUCUCUGUCCACACUGUCAAGUAGCUUCAGAGCCAGUUCCUUCUGGUGCUACUCUUAUUGUUGUCCCACUGUCUAUCAGGUAUCAGUGGCUGGAAGAAAUCAAGAAACAUGUCAAGGAGAACACUUUCAAAGUUUUUGUAUACGAAGGAGUUGGGCGACAACGUUAUAUAUCCCCAUAUAAACUGGCCUCCUAUGAUAUUGUAGUCACCACAUAUGAAACUUUAUGCAAAGAACUAAACUAUGUAGAUUUACCUCACAUGAUAUCUUCAACAGGAAAGAAAUUUCGUAAACCUAAGCGGUAUAUGACUAUUCCCAGUCCUAUGGUUGCUGUCAGAUGGUGGCGGGUAUGUUUAGACGAAGCUCAGAUGGUUGAAUGUACCACUACUAAAACAGCUGAAAUGGCUUCUCGACUCACUGCUAUCAAUAAAUGGUGUGUGACUGGAACACCAGUACAGAAAAAUAUUGAUGAUUUACAUGGACUUUUACUGUUUCUUGGUCUUGAUCCUUACUGGGUACAACAAUGGUGGUGCAAGUUGCUUUAUAUUCCAUAUUUACAUGAGAACAAGCAACCAUUGUAUGAAACUGUGGCAAGUAUUUUGUGGCGGACAGCAAAGAAACAUGUUAUUAAUGAAAUAAAUAUUCCUACUCAGACUGAAAUAAUGCAUUGGUUGUCCUUUUCCCCUGUGGAAGAACAUUUUUAUCGCCGACAGUAUGGAGAGUGUGUAAGGGAUGCUAUGCAGCAAUUGUCCAAAUGGAAGAACUAUUCUGUGAAGUUGAACAGUAUUGAUAGAAAAAUACUUAGCCGUCUUUUGCAUCCAUUAAUGAAAUUACGCCAAGCAUGUUGCCAUCCACAGGCAGUUCGAGGAGAGUUCCAUUCCAUAAACAAGAAAAUGAUGACUAUGGAAGAAUUAUUGCAGUCUUUGAUAAAAAAAGGAGUUACAGAAUGUGAAGAGGCUCACAGACAAGCCAUUGCAGCACGUCAUGGGCUUGCUGGAAUCUAUAUCAUCAAAGAACAGUUGAAAGAUGCCAUAGAUAAUUACCGUCAAGUACUUUGGUCUGUACGAGAACACAAAAAUACGAUACGAACUGAUGACCUGCAGCUGCUUCAUUGUUACCACAACUUAAACGAGGUUUUGUCCAAAAAACCAGAAGGUGUUGCCAGUGCCCUCGAUGAUGACAAACUCCAAGAAAAGGCUGCUGAAAUUCGAAAUCGUCUCACAGAGAAACACCUGAAUUUUGUGAAAGAAGCCUUUGACAAUUGGCUUUCUUUAAAAAUAAAAGCAGACAAUCUUGAAAAACAGUUAAUUAAUGAAGAAUGGUGGAUGGAGAUUCUGGAUUUUGUUGUUGACCAAGACAAGAGUUCUCUGUUAUUGAACAAGAUCCAACAUGACCUCACCUCGAUUGAUCAGAAGGGAUUUUCAAUAAAUGAUCAGAUCCAUUCUAUAGAGGGACUCAAGUUUAUUGUGUCAAGACGCCUGACAGCAUUUAUAUCCGAAAGAACCAAAAUCUUGAAAAAAUUGAAGAAGUUACAAGGAAAAAUACCUAGUCAGGGAGAAAUUGAUGAGACUGUUUCUUGUUGUAUCAGAGCUGAAAGGAAACAUCAACAGUUUAAGUGCCAAAUGUGCCUUUUGAAAAAAGACUUGGAGGAAUAUGAAUCUUGUUUGUACAGAAUUAACCAAAGUGACAUUCUUGACUUUUCUUUAAACACUGAGGAAGGUGCAUCUGUGUUGCGGCGCCGAGUUGGUAAUUGGCGGGAAGGAGAACUGGAGAUAAUGUUGAAAUGUAUAUACAGCUACCUCCCUUUUUUAUAUCACAGUAAUCCAGACCUAGACCAACAAGCUGGUCUUCAUUUGAAGUUAUUUGAAGUUUACCGCAAAGAAUUUCCUUUGAUGAGUAAAUUGGUAUUUUGGCUGCGAGAUCAAGUACGGGUAUAUGAUGAAUUAAAUAUGUGUAUCACAAGGAUGAGACUACCAUACUUGGGAGAGAAAGCAACCAAUUAUUCCAUUAAUGUGGUUUAUCAGUACGAAUUGAAAGAAAGAGAAACGAGGCUGCGGUAUGAAAAGAUAUCAGCCGACAAUGAUUUAAAGAAGAGACUUGGACAACUGUUUUACUUGCAAAAUUUAGCCAAGGAUGCUAAUCCAUCUGAAGAUUCUCCUCCAACUCAAUGUUUGAUUUGUCUAGAGGUCCUGAAAGAUAAGUGGGCUGUUUUGAUUUGCGGCCAUUUCUACUGUAUUUCCUGUAUCUAUAUCAUCAUUAAACGGUCUCAAGGCUACUUGAAAUGUCCAACAUGUCGUCAAAGCACACACUUUGACGAUAUCAAUUAUGUAUCGAUGGAGAAAUCUGGAGUGUUAGAUGAUGAGGAUGGUGUCUCGAUGAAGAUUAAUUUUGUUGUUAUAUUUCAGUGGUCAAGUGUUUUAGAGAUAAUAGGUCAAGCAUUGACCAUGAAUGGCAUUAGAUAUUCCACUUUAUCUUCAGGGAAACAGUCCCAGAACAAUCUGACAAAUUUCAAAAAUAAUCCUGAAGUUACUGUUCUUCUGCUGCCAGUUCACACUGGCUGUAACGGGUUAAACUUAAUUGAAGCCAAAUAUGUUAUAUUAACUGAGCCGAUACUUAACCCAGCCCAAGAGAUGCAGGCUAUUGGAAGAGUUCAUAGAAUUGGUCAAACAAUGGCAACAGAAGUGCACCGAUUCCUGAUUAAGGCCACUAUUGAAGAACGUAUGAGAUUGAUGCUAGCAUCCGCAACAAAUUUCCUUGUUCCUUCUGACCGCAAUGACACAAUGUUAACUAUAGGAGAUUUGUAUCAACUAUUUCGAGAUGUUUCGACCGAAGCUGUCUUGGAAGACAGUUCAUCUUCAAUUUCUGAGCCACAGUUAGAAUCAGAUGAUGUUGACAACACUGGUCAAAGUGCAUUGUCUGAUAUGCAGCAGAGGUGUGCAGCAGCUGCUUUAUCACGCAUUACUGAGGAGCAGAGAACUUUCAUGAACUGGAAUCAAACCACUAGAGAAUGUUCGACAACAUUACUUCAACAUUCUGUCACUAGUGAUGUUGGGACUCAAAGUGGGUCCUCUGAGGUAACAACAGCUGGUCAGAAUUUAAAUAUUGACACAACCUCAGUCUCUCUUUCUUUAACACAUCCUUCAACUUCCAUUCUACAAUCACAGUCUCAUUCUAUGUCAGCAGAUUCCUUACCGGGGACAUCAUUUUCACAGAUAUAGGGACCAAUUACAGUUUUUUUUUUGAGAAGAAAACUAAAAGAAAAGAUAGUUCAGUCAUUUAUUCCUUCCAUAUCAUGUGAAUUAUAUUUUCGAAAACAUUGUCGCUAUUUUAACAUUUCAGCCUAUUUAUUCAAUCAGUUGAAAAUUUUACAUCCAAUUGAAACAUGUCAUUUUUAAUGGUAAAAUAAUGGUCCUUGGGUGCCUUUGGUGGAGUUUGCAACCUUUUAUUUCCUCCCCCCCUCCCGACCUAAUCAUAAUUCCUUCCUUGCUCACAUUUUUUUAUUUAUAUCUGUAGAUGCCGAGCUGCAGAUGGUAUGGUUGGUUGUCAGCCAUUUUGCGUUUAUAAGUCCAGAAGAGCCUGCACACCAUGGGCACUGUCCAUCCUCAUCUAAUAUACAUAUAUAUAUAUGUAUGUGUGUGUGUGUGUGUGUAUAUAUAU